AGGAGGGCCCAGGCCUGGGCAAAAGUCGAGACAAGCUCAGCCGGGCGAAGCCUGGCGGAGCGGAGCUGAGGCAGGAGGAGCUGACCCGAGACCAUGGAGCCCAGGUAGUGGAGGUCUGGCUCCGUCCGCGGGCAGAAUCGAGGCCGUGCGGGGAUGUCCGGCUACACCCGCCGCACGGGGCUCACCCCGCUGUCCCGAGCCCGGAGCCUCGUCAUCCAGGACGAUGAUAAUCUUGAAGAUCUAGAUGAGGCAAAUCCAUUUUCUUUUAAAGAAUUUCUAAAAACCAAGAACCUUGGCCUGUCCAAAGAGGAGACCACCAAUACUAGAAUUUACACAAAGGAAUCCACAAGACAUACAUUAGGACUUGAAAAUAAUUCCCCAACUUCUAAAACUGUAGGUUAUGGUUUAGAAUAUGAGGAACCUUUUUUCCAAGAUCCAACUGGUGCUGGAGAUUUGUUGGAUGAAGAUGAAGAUGAUGACUGGAGUGGGGCUUAUCGGCCAUCUGCCAUGGAACAAACUCAUGCUUCCAGAGUUACUAGCCCAUCACCACGUAGUACAUAUAUUUCCUUUUUUUCCAACCCACCUGAACUGCCAGGCAUUGAGUCUCUUGCUCCAUGGACUUUAAAUGAUAGUGACUCAUGUGUUUCUCCUACAUCUCAAGUGAACAACACAAACAAAGAAUUUGCCGUUCGUGGAGAAUACUUGGGAGAUAGGCAUUUUCGAUCGCUGCAGAUAAGCUAUGAAGCACUUAAAGAAGAAAACACUAAACUAAGAAGAAAAAUUAAUGAGAUUCAGAAUUUUUCUGAAUCUCAGACAGAAAUGGUAAGAACACUUGAGCGAAAAUUGGAAGCAAAAAUGAUGAAAGAGGAAAGCGACUAUCAUGAUCUUGAAUCGGUGGUACAACAAGUGGAACAGAAUCUUGAAUUGAUGACUAAGCGGGCUGUGAAGGCAGAAAAUCAAGUUACAAAACUGAAGCAGGAAAUAAAUAUGCUCCAGGCUCAGCUUACUAAUUAUAAGAGAGACAAUGAAGCCCUUCGAUCUGGUCAAUGUGCCAAUUUGACAGUAGUUAAACAAAACACAGAUGUUGCUUUGCAAAAUCUCCGAGUUGUCAUGAACAAUGCACAUAGUUCAAUAAAGCAGUUGCUUUCUGGAGCAGAAACAUUGAAUCUUGUUGCUGAAAUCCUUAAAUCCAUAGACAGAAUUUCUGAAAUUAAAGAAGAAGAGCCUUGACAAACUGCUGAAAUGUCUUCUAGCUUAAAGCUCAGCUGAAAUGCUGUAAUCACUUCUUGCUUUACUUGGGGAAUACAAUUGUGUCUUUAAAUAUGCAGUCGUCUUCCUCAGUACUCAUCACGAAAUACAAAUUUCAUAACUUAAAACAGAGUUAUUAGCCUUAAAACUCAGUUGGGUGGCAACUGUUGGAUUUGAGGUGGGUCUGCAGUUUAUAUUAACUCUUUUAGGUGAAUUGUCAUAUCUCACAAAUUCUAAUAAACACAGACUUACCAACAGUUGAAAAGGGAGGGAAAAUAAUCUGUUUUUAGGGAAUUUUCUAAACAUGAAAAUGAGUUCUGGAAUAAGUAUUGCUUUCUAUUGUAUGUUAUAGUAUUUCCUGGAUGUUAAUUACAAAAUGAGCCUAACAUGAGUGUCUUUUGUUAACACUCCCUUUAAAGAAAGAAAAAAAAAAAGAAUAAAAAUUAUAACACAAAAUGUACAUAAUAGAGACUAUUGACUCUUGCCUAGGGAAUUUGUGCCUCAAGUAUCUCCUCAUGUUCCUAAAGACUUGAAGGUUCACACUUGUGCCUUCAAGAAAUAUAGUUUUAAAACAUAUAUACAGAUAUCCAGGCUAAUUGUACCAACUAAAGUGCUGUGAAUUGUAACGGAUCCACUAAGUACCAAUGUGCUGCUUUUCUAAGUUUGCUACAGGAAUUAUUCAGUAAAUAUUCCAAAUGUUAAACUCAUUAAGUGUACCUUUUUUUAAAUCAGGUUUCAUAAUAUUUAAAUACCAACUCUUCUGCUGCAAUGUAUGUCUGAGUUUUUCAAAUAACAUUUUUACAGCAAAAUUUAGGAUGCAACAGUUUUGAGACAUUUCCAGGUUGGCAUGGGAACAUUCUUUACUUUGCCUUUCCAGAAUUUUUCUAUGAUAUGGAUAAAAACACUAAAAUUCUAUAGGUCUUUUGCUAUUUGAUGUAAAUGAUUUUUAAAAAAAAAUAAAUUGUAGUUUUUUUUCCACCUGUAUAA